UGGCAUUUUACAAAAUAGAAAUCAAAACUUGAAACUUCUUUUGGAAGGAUGAGGCGGAGCAAAGAGACUGGCAAAAGGCAAAGCCGCCUCUCCUCCCCAUCCAGACCCUCCAGAUCCGGCCCAUCUCCACCCAGGUCACGAAAAUCCACGCUUAGCUCCUCCGCCUCUACUGUCGAUAACCUUGAAGUGGUGAGUGAACAGCAGUCCCCAUUCACUACAGGGUCUGAGCUCUUUGAUGAACCAAGGAGUUUCCCUUACAGCGUGAAGCAGCAAUGCUGGGAAAAGGCAGAGAAGGUCAAAGGCCGAGACCCAGAUCGGUGGCGCCGCGACCCUCUUGGUAAUAUUGUCUUUAGAAAGCUCGUGGGUUGUCCUGGCUGCCUCUGCCAUGAUUAUGACCACAUCGUUCCCUACUCUAAGGGAGGAAAAAGCUCCCUGGAAAAUUGUCAGGUUUUGCAGGCAACAGUCAAUCGUUCUAAGGGAAACCGGACUGAGCUAUCUAGAGCUGAGCUCAUUCGAAGAAGUUCCUACUGUCGGGUUUCAGGUCGUGACAUGGAUUUUGUUGAACUCUCAGCCUAUGGCAACGUACGUCGUGAGCCAGAAUCUGGUGGUUGUAGAAUCCAAUGACCACUUAGUUAUCAUAAUCUUAUUAUUUGUGUAAUUUGUCAUUGCGCUCUGGAUUUUCAGAUUUUUCAUUAUUCGAAUAUCCAUUUCAGCA